AGUCCUAAUUCUUGUUUAGCCAAUCACUAAGACAAAUACGUUUGUUUACAUUUAUAUGGGAGAUAGUGCUGCCCACCUCUAUUUACCAUGUCACCUGAAAGUGAGAACAGGUGUUUGCAUGGCACUUUUGUAGCUAGCUUUGCAAGCUAUUUACAUGCCAGAGAUGCAAAACAUUCAUACACCCCUUUCAUGCUUUGGCUACCCUUCUAGAGGGCAUGCUUUUAGGCUGAUGGCAAUUGUUAAAAAAAGUAUUAAUUAAAUUUGUGACUGAACACUUUGGGGAGAAUUCUAUGUCUCUUGCUCUAUUUUACCUGCAUUCUGCCGUGUAUUUCAUGUUACCAGACCAGGUUCAAGCUCCAAAAUCCUCUAAGAUGUUGCUGUCUUCCCAUCUUCAUUAUUUCUAUGUUUUUAUAUUGCAGCGCAAUCCUGUUUUGUUUAGCUUUGCAGGAGAACAAAAUCUUCUCUAUUAGGACUCUUCUGACACAGAGGUGCCCUCUUUUUUGUCCCCCCCUCAUUCUCAUAUGGCCAAGAGAGAUGCUGUCAGCCAGCCUCAAUAUUGUCACAGAGCUCCUGAAACCUUCUGAACUCUCUCUAAGAUGGUGUCUAGAGAAUUAUCACAAUCAGAAAGGCAUUGCUCUCAUGUGCAGCAGUGCAUUCCUCACCAGGUACAAUAUAGGAGAUUUCAUCUUCUGCUGAAACACAGCAGGUGUCAUACUAGUCUAGAGGAAUUGUUGGUGUGAACUGGCAUAGCAGAGGUGAAAUUCUGAGUGAAAAUUACAGAUUGUGGUAUUAGGGACUGUGCCAUUCAGGGCUGAGCUAAGAUGCGGGGAAGCCCUUGUUCCAGUCCUGCUCUCACUGCUCAUCCCUGCCCCAACGAUCUGCUCCUGUACCAUUCUAUCUUGAUCUAUGGCAGCUCGUGUUCCUCCUGUCUUAGCUGCCUCAGACAUAGCUCUGUCAAUGCAUAGAUAUCCUGACCUGUAACAAGUUAGAACCUAGAAGCUAAUGCACAGAGCUCUUUAUGCACUAUCUUUAUGGUCCUAUCUGAAAAGCAGACUUCACAUAUUAAAGACUCUCUGAACAGCUGACUUUCUGUGGUCCCCAGUGGCCCAGCUGCAGAUACAAGGUCUCCCUCCCUGAUCCCAGGCUCUGUCUGAACCUGACCUCUUCUUCUCUCAUUUGCAUAUUCAGAAGCACUUGAAGCUGGUUGGCUGCUAUUGGCUUUCCCAUCCCUUUCUUUAGCAGGGACAAAGCUCAGAGGUUUCCUCAAUGCCCCUGCCAGUGCUUCUGUGCUUCUUCUCAUUUGCCAGUUUCCAGGCACUCUCUGGGAACACCAGGUACCCUGCUGGCACCUACCACCCUCAAACCCAAAGAGAGAUCAAGCUCCAGAUCUUUGGCCAUCGGGAACAUAAAGCACCUGGCACAUCAGCAGUUUCCAGGUCCUCAGGUGUUCAAGUAUAACAAGUACCAUAAUCAAAACAACUGCUGAGUGGCAACUGUUCAGUGUCAGCUCUUCCUCUUCAAGAAUAAGGAAAAAACUAUGAAUGGGAGCUGCAUCGCUGAGCAGGAUGGAGGCAACUCGAGUUCAGGACUGUCAGGUGGGCAGAAAGAAGAGCCCCGUCUCCAAAGAGACUCUUUGUUCUCUUCUCCCAGUGUGUCCAUCAUAUCACAACUCCUCACCCAGACAAUAGCUAACAGGGGACUGGAUCCAAACCUCCUUUUCCCUUCCUUGCCGACAACGCAAUCACCCCAGGAAGCCCGGGACUGCACAUCUUUUAGGGAAGGGACACAAACCCUGGCCUCCCCUUUAUGCUAUACUCCACUCUUCAGUUUUGGUGACACCGACCAGUUCUAUAAUGAACACUUACAAGCUAAGAGGGCAAGAGUAGAAAGCAUUAUACAAGGUAUGAGUGUCUCACCAAACCCCACCACACUCGGUACCAAUGAAGAAAGAGACAGAGAAUGCCCUGUGGAGAAAAGAAGUGACAACCAUAGGGAGAACAAGAGAAAGCAAAAGCUUCCCCAGCAGCAAAGCCCACAUGUAGCACAGCUGGGAGGAAGAGGCAGGAGCAGCUCCAGCACCAAGGCAGAGGAGUGCCACCAGCUGAAGGGACAGCUUCAAGUUUUGCAGCAGCAGCUGAAGCAGCUUCAAGAGAAAUUUUUGCAGGUUUAUGAGUUUGGUGAUUCAGAUCAAAGCCAAGAAGGGAUAGUGAAUACUAUGCACUUACUGAAGGGGGAGCAUGGAGAUAGGCAUGGGGCAACUAGUGACCAACACAGAGCUCUGUUUUGGAGGCACAUCUCAGAGAUGGAAGGUCACACUGUGUCAGAGGAAGAAAGGAGAAUGGGUGAAUUUUCCUCUGAAGAAAGAACCUUUUCUGAGACAUUAAAACAUGAGCUAGCCAGAGUGAUAUCUCAGGCUGUGGACACUGUUUUCCAAAAAAUAUCGCCUAAGCCACCAGGCCAUCUGGCUCAGCUGUACAACAGCCUCCCAGUCACAGUGCCAGACAGCAAAAGAGACAAUUUUGCCACUGAAGAAUUCUCCCGCAGAAAAUGGUUUGCUGGGGCUUCCUCCCAACAUUUGCUAAACUCACUGACUGAAGCCCAGACAGAGGCCUUGUCACUAGUCAUGGAGCAGUCUCCAGACUUUCAUGCUCACCCGAUCACUUCAAGAAUGGCUAGAAAACCCUGCCAUGUACCUAAGAUGAAUCAGCCCUUGGUCAUGACUUCUCAUGUUCAAGAAAAACAGAUUCUUAGCCAGCUACUAGAAUACAGUCAAAAUAGCCAUUGGAACAGCAGCCCUCACAGAACUGCUUCUUCCCCAGACAGGUCUUCUCGAGAGUCCCUAGAUUUACCUUGGAGGGCAGUUAAAUUAAAGUCAUCAGUCACAAGACACCAGCAAUAUCCAAUGUCCCUUAACUCCACCGAAAGGGAAAGUCUGGCUCUUCUUCCAACCAAGAAGGUAGAAUGUGGAGAGCUGCACGCGAUGAUGGAUGGGAUGCCUUUCUCCUCAGUCCCUAUCCAGGAGGCUCUGACCCCUGGCCACCUGAAGAAGGCCAAGCUGAUGUUCUUCUUCACUCGUUACCCCAGCUCCACUCUGUUGAAAACCUACUUCCUUGAUGUCCAGUUUAACCGCUGCAUCACUUCGCAGCUCAUCAAGUGGUUCAGCAACUUCCGUGAGUUUUAUUACAUCCAGAUGGAGAAGUUUGCCAGACAAGCUAUCUUGGAAGAAGUUACAGAUUCCAAGCAUCUGAUGGUUUCCCGGGACUCUGAGCUCUUCAGGGCCCUCAACAUGCACUAUAACAAGGGGAAUGACUUUGAGGUAAAACUAUGUUCAGCCAGGAUGGAAUCUUUGAGGUGCCCCAGAAGGUAUCUAAGCCAACAGGUUUGCAAGUUGGGACCAAUGCCAUCCCUUAGCUCCCAUCACAGAACAAAGGGAGAGAGGGGGAAACAGAUUUUGAUCAUAAUUACAAAGUAUAGAAAAAACAGGCCCAAGGGCCUGCAGCCGUAAUUCUGGCAUCACUCUAGCACACGUAACAGAAUCAGCUGAGUUUGUGCUCAGAAAUGCUUAUAAUGGUUUGGCUUAGGGGCUUGAUGGUAAAAAGACAAGUGCAGGCAAGUCAUUAUGGGCAAGUCAUUUCACAGGCCCUGGGAACCUGCAAAUCUUAUUGGUUGCAAUGCCUGCUAGGAAAUCAGCCCAGGCAUACUUCACACUUGUCAUCUUCAAAACACUUUACAGAUAUUGACAGGUUGCUCCUCACAGGUUCCAAGAAUGUGAUUGAGGAAUUAACCCCAUUAUAGAGAUGGGGAAUCCAACAUAUAGCACAGGUGACUUGCCCCAGGCCGCAGACUGGGAGUUGUCACAGCUGGGAAUGGAACUUCCUGGUUCCCAGUCCUGUGCUUAUGCUGCUUGAUCAGACCUCACUAUUUGACUGUCUGUAUUCUUAUCCAGUGCCCAUCUCCCGAGUCACCAACAGUGCAUCUACACAGCAGCGUUCUUUCGGAAUAACUGAUGUUACUCUG